CCGCUGUUUGUUCACGACGCUGAGUUAGCACUGUGACCAACAAUUAUUGAAUUGUCGAGAUGAUUCAGACAUUCCAUGAUGCGCUAAAACUUCCAGAAAUCAGAAAUCACAUCUUCGCCUUCAUCAAGGCUGAUAGUGAACAAAUCAGUCGCCGCACUUUUUUAGCACUCGCCAUAACCUGCAAAGAUCUCAGUGGCGCCUCGCUAGAUUUCCUCUGGAGUGACCUACGUAGCCUGUACCCAUUAGUGUCGUGCAUCCACGAUACUAAUAUGAAGUUGAACGACGAGGAAAUAGCAAAAGUUGAUUUAGAUACUUUCGACAAGUACGCGCAGCGCGUCCGCAAAUUAGAGCUUUCUGGAUAUGAAGGUGGCUGGAGGGCCACAACUGUCCCUGAUGACCUGGGAGUGUUUCACGUUCUUCAAGUUCCCACUCCAAUCCUCCCAAAUCUCACCCACUUGGCUUGGACUGAUGAACUUAGUCUCGCUCUGCUUUGGCCCCUGCUCAAUCCACGUUUACUGUCUCUUCGCAUAUCAAGCUUUCAGUGGAGCCCGAAAUCCACCCCGUUACUCCUGUCCAGAAUUCGGAGACUCUGCCCGGAACUGACUACACUGGGAUUGCUGUUUUAUCUUUCGGAAGGAUACGAAGCUGUAGCCGAAAGCUGCCUAUCCCGAGUAAUUUGCUCUUGGAAGAAGCUCGAGGUGCUUGACUACAGCCCCGUUGGUUCCCAAUGCAUCCUCAGCCUUUCCACACUGUCAUCUCUCAGAGUCCUCCGGUUGCGCGUUGACAACAUAUCUGACCUCUAUCUGCCCCCAAAUUCGCUCUCAUUUCCAUCACUGCAAACUCUCCAAUUCCAAGCCAACAGCCUGGCGACUGCUAAUUCCAUCCUUCAAGCAAUAAAGAGCUUGCCCAAAUCUAUAGAUAUUUUCCUUCCGGUCUACCAGUCAGGGGAUGUUGGUGUAGACACGGUCGAGCCCAUUCUGCACCCCAUAGCUCAAAAUACGUCUUGCGGCAAUCUUGAAGAAUUUCGCAUGAAUGUUCCCGCCUUUCUGAGCGGCAGUGUCAUCAAUGGCUCUAACGUGCUACGACCCCUUUUCCUAUGCUGCAACCUUCGUGUGUUGCGCAUAAUGAUGACGCCACUGUUCACGCUCGUUGAUGACGAUCUGCGCGCAAUGGCUUCUGCUUGGCCACUACUGGAGGAACUUGAGCUGUUCGACUGUCGCAAUCUGUACCCACCGGUUCCCACCCAACCCUUGCCUCUGGAGGAUACCGAAGAUGAAGAUUCUGAAGAUCCUCCACCUGUGCCACCCUUGCCCAUUGGACUCCCGCCCAUGCCACCUUUUGCUAUGGUGGGCCCAAUGAUGUCAUUACACCUAGAUGCUGCAACGGCACCGUUUCCGGAUUUCAGCAUGACUGACCAACAUAGCAACCUGACUGUUGAAAUUACCUUUCACGGUCUCAUCUCGCUUCUGGAGUUGUGUCCCAAUCUUCAUUUCUUUAACCUGGCUAUCGACGCCACAAGGCUGGAUGGACUGCGGGGCGAUAAACCUGGUGGUGGUGUUUGCAACCGACUGGUCAAAUAUCCCAGACUCGUAGAUUCCCGCGUCACUGAACCUGAAGCGGUUGCUCGCAUCCUCCUUGAUAUACUCCCCGCACUCGAAACCAUCUGGGGGGAAGGCUCUCCGGGUCCUUUUACAGCCAUGUUCAACCAAACGCUGCCUCCAGGAUGGGAUCGAGUUCACGAAAUAAUACUAGACUCUAAAGCAGCCAGGGGGUUGUGACGUAGCCACAAUGGCUCAACUCAGGCAACCUCAUUUCACUAUGCACAACGCAUCAUAUGCGCCUCCGAGUAAUUUUUUAUUGAGUAUACGUAUGUAAGGACUUAUCGAUUAUCGUCGUAUGUAAGUACACAUCUCCUGUAUAACAGUUUCCGCUGUCCAAUGAAGAGCACUUGCAUAAUCACACAGCUAGAAAAAUAAA